AUGGAAGCAGAUCUUCCCCACAGGGCCCACAAGGCCCCCCAGUCUGGCCGCAAGGCUUUGCGGCGGCGGCUGAAGCAGCAGAAGCUGCUGGGGGGCCCCCCCGGGGGGCCCCCCGAGGGGCCCCCCGGGGGGCCCCCCGGGGGGCCCCCGGGGGGCCCCCCGGGGGCCCCCGGGGGCCCCCCGGGGGCCCCCAAGACCCGGAAAAAGGCCCGAAAAGGGGACCAGCUGGAGAGACACAAUCCGAAGGCCUUCACCUUCAGUGGGGGCCCGGUGUCUGUACACCGCAGGCUGCAGCAGGCCCUGGAGCAGCAGGAAAAGAGACAGCAGAAGUUUCAAAUUGACAAAACCUUCAAAGGGGCCCCCCCUCUGAACGUGGCCAUUCAGGGGCCCCCCGGGCAGCAGCAACAACAGCAACAGCAGCAGCAGCAGCAGCAGCAGCAGCAGCAGCAGCAGCAGCAGCAGCAGCAGCAGCAGCCAGCAGCAGAACAGCAGCAGCAGCAGCAGCAGCAGCAGCAGCAGCAGCAGCAGCAGCAGCAGCAGCAGCAGCAGCAGCAGCAGGAGCGUGUUGUGGGGUGUGUUUUGCAGGUGGGGAAGUCGUGUUUGCUGCGGGGGCUGCUGCGUGCGUACACCGGACGCAGUGUACGUACACCCGAAGGCCCUGUCUCCUUAACUGUCUCCAAACUUCGGAGAAUUACUUUUUUCGAAGUUCCAAAUAACUUUGCUGCCAUGCUGGACGCAGCCAAAGUCGCAGACAUCGCGGUGCUCCUCGUGGACGCCAGCCAGGGGUUUGAAAUGGAGACUUUUGAGUUUUUGAACAUGCUGCAGACGCACGGGUUUCCGAGGGUUUUGGGGGUUUUGACGCACUUGGAUUUGCUGCAGCAGCAGCAGCAGCAGCAGCGGAAGAAAACCCUAAAAGAGCGGUUUAGGAGGGAGGUUUGCGGGGGGGCUAGGGUUUUCGCCCUCGAGGGUUUUCUAAACCACAAGUACAAGUCCAAACCCUUAAAAACCCUCGCGAGGUUUCUUUCUCUCGCCAAACCCAAAACCCUUUCUUGGAGAAACUCCCACCCCUACGUCUUCGCCCUCAAAGCAGCAGCAGAAACGCCCUGCAGCAGCAGCAGCAGCAGCAGCAGCAGCAGCAGCAGCAGCGGCAGCAGCAGCAGCAGCAGCGGCGGCGGCGUGCAGCCCAACCCGGAGCAGCAACCGCAGCCCCCCCAGCAGCCCCCCAGCCAGCAGCAGCCGCAGCAGCCGCAGCAGCAGCAGCAGCAGCAGCAGCAGCAGCAGCAGCAGCAGCAGCAGCAGCAGCAGCAGCAGCAGCAGCAGCAGCAGCAGCAGCAGCAGCAGCAGCAGCAGCAGCAGCAGCAGCAGCAGCAGCAGCAGCAGCAGCAGCAGGAAAUGUGUGUCUUCUACGGCUAUGUGCGAGGCGCUGCGCUGCGGGCCAACGGCCUUUUGCACCUUCCGGGCGCCGGCGACUUUGAAAUUUUCAAAGUCGAAAAAGUCAAAGACCCUUGCCCGCUCCCUGAGGACUCGUAA